CUGAUUGCAUAGAAUAUGAGCACAACACAUUUUAGUUCAUUCUUCUUCAGUCUUCAGUAAUAUACAGAGCUUUCUUCUUGCCUGUUAGCUAAAGAACAUUUGGGGGUUAUAAAUAUUCAGUUUGUGAAGCAAAAUACAUGGCAGGUUUCGACAGCCAAAGAUGGUCUCUCAAGGGCAUGACUGCCCUCGUCACCGGUGGAACAAAAGGCAUCGGAUAUGCCAUUGUGGAGGAACUAGCAGGACUUGGAGCAACCGUGCACACCUGCGCUCGCAACCAGGCACAGAUUCUUGAGAGGCUUCAAGAAUGGGAAAGUAAGGGAUUCAAAGUGACUGGCUCGGUUUGUGACUUAACCUCUAAAGCACAAAGGGAGAACCUCAUCAAAACUGUCUCCUCUAUUUUUGAAGGCAAACUUAACAUCCUUGUAAAUAGUGCUGCAACUUGCACACUUAGAGGAACUACAGAUUAUACUUUGGAAGAUUUCUCAAGUAUGAUGAAAACCAAUGUUGAAUCUCCAUACCAUCUUUCUCAACUUGCACAUCCUCUCUUGAAGGCCUCAGGAAAUGCAAGUAUUGUCUUUGUUGCCUCCAUUGCCGGUGUGGUAGCUCUACCGAAACUGUCUGCCUAUGCAGCAACAAAAAUGUUGUUGAUUGCAACCUCCAAACAUCACUACCACUGCUAUCUUAUAGGCGCAGUCAUCCAAAUUUCGAAGAACUUGGCAUGCGAAUGGGCAAAAGACAACAUUCGUACUAAUGCUGUGGCACCAUGGGCUGUCAACACCGGAGUUAAAGUUGAAUCUGAUGGUCAUUCUGAUGAUUUCAGGCGCCUAAUAGGUCGAACUCCCAUCCAACGCCUUGCACAGCCUAAUGAAAUAUCAUCUCUGAUCACUUUCCUCUGCCUUCCUGCUGCUUCUUACAUCAAUGGACAAGUUAUUAGUGUUGAUGGAGGAUUUACAGUUAGCGGCUUCUAGCGAACUGAACUCAUCAAUGCAUAGGUUGCAAAAUCUGGCAUCCUAUCUAUCUGAUCACAUAUCACCUACGAAUUCCAACCAUAUUUCUUCAAUUAUUACCUAUGGGCAAUAUCAGUCCCUCCAAUUUGCUGACAGGUUCACACCUCUAAGCUAGUAGCAAGCCCCGGGGAAAAGUCAAUGCAAUGUUCAUGGUUGUUAAAAAGUCUCUAUAAUUUAAGCGUUUACUUUGUAAAUCGUAAGAACAAGCAUAAUAUGAGUGGCCCCAUACUUAUGAUUGAUAUAAUUCCUUUGUCAACAAUUGCGGUUUAUAAGAUUUUUCUUUUAUUGAA